AUGGCGAUGUUAUCGGGCAUGUUUCUUCGAGAGCAUUACCCGGAGACUGUGUCGUUUUUCGCUCCUCCAGCAAGCGCCGAUACCGAUGAUGAAGUUAAUCUGAGCAUAGAUACUCUGGGAAUCCCUGCAUCCGACAACUCUAACCGUUACAAUGCAUUGCCAUGCAUCUCAUGUGCUUGGUUUCCCCCGGUUCACUUACGAGCGCAUAGUACUCCCGCCAUCAGCAGCUGGAAAAUCCGCUGCUUCCAAAGAACCAUAUAUCCUCGAAUCCUUGUCUGGAGACAGGUCUACGUCUCUGGCACUCCUUCAGCUGCUCAUUUCCUUCUCACUGGGAGAGAAACCGGUGGUAAGUCUUCCAUUCUGACAAGCGGCGGCCAAGUCUUUCCCGCUCCUGUGCCAACUCAUUAUCACAAACAUACACACCAUGACUUUAUCUGCAUCAGUGGCCAGUUGAAGGUCUGGCUUAAUGGCCAGUACAGAAUACUCAGCCCCGGAGACUACACCAGUGUGGCUCCAGUUUCAACCAGUCAGGUUCUGUUUGGUGGAAUUCAGUUCCCAGAUGUCGACUACUGCUUCUAUGUGUCUGAUGGAAAUCUCGAGGUCACGAUAAGCGACACCGACUCUUUACGUAUGGGCCCAGAUGAAGUGGCUUGGUUGCCUGCUGGAACUCACCUCGAUAUUAGGCCUGUCAGCUCCUAUUCAAAAGUCUUGGUGUAUGCGCAGCCUGGUGGGCUUGUCGAUUUACUUUAUGCGGUUGGGAAGGAAAGCCUCAUACUGUGUUGCACCGCAUGCUUCCUGAUUCACCAAGUCCUUUGGAUAGAAAGAAGCUCUCUCAGUAUGAGUCUGGGUUUAAGUUUGACUUGA